AUGGCUGCGCGUCGAAGUAUGAGUCCAGUCAGUGGAUAUUUGCAUUCCAGCGAGUCACAACGUCAAUCAGUGGCUUGUCCUUCCCUUCCUACAGUGUCCACGCCAUUGGUACCAGUCUUUUCUCAACCUCUCUCCUUUUCUAUAUCUCGAAUACUGGGUCUAGAAGACCAUAACACUCAGUCUCGACCGGAUUCUGGUAAGUGUGAUUUUCCUGUACAUAUGUCUACGUUCGCGCCUGGCUUUGCCGACGAAUUUCGGAAGGAGAAGCACUUGUAAUUUCAGUAAUUUCACCGUUUGAAGCGUGUUGAAUGAGAAACGGAAUGAAUACUGAUAAUUCAUCAAUGGCUUAUAAGCAGUGUAUAACUAUCUUUAACAGCCUUCCCACACCUAAAGUCGCUGAGUAUUUCUUCGGUCUCCUCAGUGGGGAAGGCUGUGCAAUUCAAUAAUUUUCAAUUUAGUUUACUGUGUUUAAUGCUGUAAUGAGCAAGUUUCUUCAGUAAUUCCCGAUGCAAAAUUUUAACCACUUAGCUGCAAACAAAAUGAACUUUCGUUUUGUUUGGUCGCUUAUAACGAAAAUAACUCCGGUUGUCAUUAACUAAAACCGUUGAUGAUUUGAUAGUACUCUAAAGGUAUACCAAAGUAUUUUUCUCUUCAGUUUUUGUUUUUGUUAACUUCAAAACUUUUAUUGUAAAAAAUGAUAAAUGCUCUAGAAGUUUUGAGAGAUAACUUAGUCACUAAUUCUUCGUAGACAGAGGAAAAUAUCUGAGGCCUCUAGACUGGCUUGAUGAAAGGCAUUCACAGAACUUCAUUUCCGUGUUGUUCUUUCUAAGGAGCUCAGUUAUUUCUUCUCAUGUAAUACUUGUGUUUGGCGUUGUAGUACUACAAAUGAGAAGGAGCAGAGGAGUGAUGACAUUUGAAAUUAUUAAAUUUUAUGACAAGACAAGUAGAAUUUAGAACAGGAAAGAGAACGCGAAAACAAAGGGAGGACGCAGCUGGUAAAAGCUACACGAAUCCCAGUGUCAGUUCAGUGUUAAGCGCCUUGCUAGGAUGGUCGUGAAAACCGAGAGGGAAAAUGCAUAAUACCUUAACAUACGAAAAUUAUUAUAGCUAAAGUUGAUUUUGUUAAAUUUUUUUAGGCAACUGCACUAACACUAGCCGCCAAAGUGCCGACAACUCACCCAACGUUGACUCCGAUACUGACGUCGACAGCGGUCGGGAAAGCGACGCAGACCGACCAAACCCGAGUUCUACCAAGAAGCCGAAAAAGAAAAAACGGCGCAUCACAUUUUCACCGAUUGAAAUUUUUGAGCUGGAGAAAGUGUUUGCUGAGCGACCUUAUCUGAUGCCAGAAGAUGAAGACGAACUGGCGCAGAAACUUGGACUCGCAACCAGGAAUAUUCGGGUGAGAAUUAUUUAAUUUUUUGUGACCAUUUUGUCCGCUUUCGGUCUUUUCAAAAAAUUGUGGUGGAAAAUAAUGGAGAAAGGUCAGCACAUUAAAGUGAUACAUUUGUAAGGUCUUGUAAUAAUUUCAAAUUUCGGGGCAGUGCGUUUGACAGGGAGGGGUAAUAACGCGGGGGAGAGUGACAGGUGGCGGUAAAGGGGGCGCAAGGAGCGGCAAGAAUGAUCCUUCACUUUCUCUCGAUAUUUUACGUCCGUUUUUGAUCGACAAAUUACAAUCAAAACUCUUCGUAGAAAAUUAAUGAGACAUUGCUGAAGCUGGUGAAGAUCGACUGAAAAUGAUAAACAACUUACUUGCGCUACCUUUCAUUGCAAAAAUGUCUUUUUAGUCUGGAAAUUGUAGUUUUCUGAUUAUGUUCAUUCGAAAACAAAAGUUUGUCAUUGUUUUGACGAUCUAGUAGCGCGGUUGUGCUAAUAUGGGUUCCAUUUGGCAGUCAAAGAACCGUGUUUUAUUUUAGUUAUUUAUUAUUUCACAAUACUGCGUUAGAAAAUUCAGCAGGCAAAGAUUAUUCGAUUAUAUUAUAGUAAGAUUUGUGCAGUAUGUAGGAAUUCAUUGGCUGUUGUCUAUUGCCUUUGGAACGGAAAAUCAUGAUCGGUUUUUUAAUGUCUGCGCUUUUUGUAGGGUCACCAUUGAGCUUUUCCCUUGAUACUUGACUAACAUAAGUAUGAUAUCGUUAAUCGUUUUUCUUUUUUUUUAUUUUUCAGUUUUGGUUCCAGAAUCGCCGAGCUAAACUAAGGCGGCAGGAAAGGUGUUCACCCGCUAUACCACAAACAAGUUUCCCAAACCAGUUUGACCAGUACCAACCAGCCUCAAUCCAUCAGCCCCAGCUUAGUUAUCCUGUACACGCUCGAUUUCAAACACCACCGUUGUCUCCUCGUUACUCUGGAUAUUCACCAGACUAUCAGCAGUCAUACAGAUCAGAGCACACCACCUUUCCGUGUUAUCCAGUAAGGCCAAACCGGUUUCCAACUGUGGACAUGCACUCACAAGCAACCCAAGACUUCCGAAGGUACCUGUCAAACCAGUAUGCCGAGCCUUCACCAUUCUUGCCAACAUUACCCAGUUUAUACCCCACCCAGGUGAAAACUGCUGGACACCUGGUGUCACGUGAUUGCAAGACG